UUUUAAUCUUCUUCACUCUCGAAGAGCAAAGUGAAAUCCAGGGUUUAAAUUUUCAAAAAAAAAAAAAAAAAGUCCAGGGUUUAGGGUUUUUCUCCAUUUUGUGCAGAGAGAACCAGAAACAAAAUGAGAGAAAUACAGCUACCCUUGAAUCAAACACAGAAGAUAAGACUACAAAGAGCUCUUCAACAGCUCGAAUCUUUACAUUCUAAAGUGCAUUCCGAUGCUUCCGUCACCGUCGCUGACACUAUCCCUAUCAGCCUCGAAGACGGCAAUAUUCUCAAGGGACAUGGAACCGCAGAGCGCGACGGUGAAGUGGUGGCCACGACGUGUGGAGUGGUUGAGCGCGUUAACAUGCUAGUUUAUGUACGGUCUUUACGUUCCAGGUACAAGCCUGAGGUUGGUGAUAUUAUUGUGGGGCGGGUAAUUGAGGUUGCACAAAAGCGAUGGAAAUUGGAAAUUAAUUUCAGUCAAGAUGCUGUUUUGAUGCUUUCUUCAAUGAACUUGCCUGAUGGUAUUCAGAGGCGGAGAACUGCUCUGGAUGAACUUAACAUGCGUAAUGUUUUUGAGGAGAAUGAUGUUGUUUGUGCUGAAGUUCGUAAUUUUCAGAAUGAUGGCAGUUUACAGCUGCAAGCAAGAAGUCAGAAGUAUGGAAAGCUUGAGAAGGGUCAACUGCUGACAGUCUCUCCUUAUCUAGUGAAAAGGCAAAAACAACACUUCCAUCAUCUAGUACAGUAUGAUGUUGAUUUGAUACUUGGAUGCAAUGGAUUUAUAUGGGUCGGCGAACAUGUUGAUGCCAGAGACAGUAUGGUAGAAGAUCAAGUAAACGAAACUGAAGACCAGGAUACGAAAUCAAAUAAAACUUUUGAAGAGGUACCACUAGAGACAAGACGGAACAUAUGCCGCAUUGCGAAUGCUGUCCGUGUAUUAUCAACUUUAGGCUUCAGUUUAACUUUGGAAGUGAUAUUGGAGACUUUUAGCUUGAGUAGCACAUUGAAUUUAGGCAUAGAUGAGAUGCCUGGGCCAGAAUUCCAUGUUUUGGUAGCAGAGAAAGAGGCUGAGCGGAGGAGUUCAUUGACAAAAAAGAAGAGAUGAUGCUGAUCUUCGAUCGUGAGCCAAGAGUUUAAGAAGCUACAUAAUUUAGACAUUCUGAAAAUUGUCAUGUAUUAGCUACUGGAAGGGAAUGUUUGGUGCAAUUAGCAAAAAUACUGUUUCAAAAUAUGGAAAUUGUGUGUUGAUUGUUUA